AUGAGUGUAUCAGAUUCAGGAGUGCCCACUAUAACGGUGUCACCCUCUAGUGGUGCUAGAGAAAGGACAAAUAACAGUAUGAAGGACGAUACUCGACCUAAGAUCACGGUCAAGUCCAAACACUCUCUGUACCAUUUGAUUUACUCGGAGGUGACUCAUCAGAGACAAGAUUAUGAUUUGUCAAAAUUACAAAAAUUCAACAUUUCACUUUACAUCGAUAUUCCGACCAUAGAUUACUACAUCGAUGGGUUAAACGAUAUUAAACUAUCCAAAUUCAACAAAAAAUUUAAACUCAAUAAACUGAAAUCUUCAAUAUGGAAAUCGUUCACGAAUAAUAAUCCUGAAUUUUGGAGACUCUUGGAGGAAACUAACCACAAGGUACACUGUACGUUGUCGGUGUACUCUAGUGGAUCUUUGAGGUACGUGGGAACUAUAAAAUUUCUACUGGAGACCCUCUACAACAAACUACAACCUGCAGUAGCAAAAGGGAAACUGUCCCUCAGCAUAAACGUCCAUGUCUCCGAUAUAUCGCUGAGAUGGUUCAAGAACUUUCUGGAUGAGGAGUUACUGGAUUCUAAAGUGAUUAAUUUCUGUGAUACGCACACUGUACCUGCUGCACCAAAAAAACUACUUUCAGUAAGUAAAGAAAACACAAUGUCUUUAUCGGAUAGGAAAUCAAUCACACAAUCGCCUUUCAAAGAAUACUUUACAAAACUAAACUAUAAGUUCACUAUGCCUCACACAGAUAAAACAACGCUGGAUACAAUCAUCAUUAUCACAAACAGUACCGGUAUAAAGGCACUGUUGACCAUUCUAUCGGAUAAACCAUUGACAAAUUUUAUUUACCAAAACUCAAUCGAUGAAUUGUACAAAAACCAGUUAGAUACCGAUUCUGUGAAGGACGAAACAGAUACUUUGAAAAGAGAGUCCUCCUCAUUAUUAACGUUCCAAAAUAAAUUAAUCACGUCGAACAAGGACAAAGCAGUUAGAAUUAGAUCGUUGUCCAUCAACAGGAAAUCGAACAAAGCCAACAUUUUCAAAUGCGUGCCACAGGGGAAUGGUCAUCUGUCCUCUCCAUCCGUGACUGACCAAACCUCUAAUGACCCAAUGGUCACCAUCAGCAGGACAAAGGAUAUAUAUGCUUUGGUCGACUACGAAGACGACAUCGCAGAACAGCGUAAUGAUUCGUUGCUGACAGAUGGUAACAAGGAAACGGGCAGUAGAUCCAAUGAGGCUAUUGACGAUGCCGAUGAUGAGGAGGAAGACGAGGAGGAAAUGGAUGUCGAUGAGGACGAGGAGGACACGGAUGAGGAGGACGACCAUGACGAGGGAAUCAGCUUCUACGUUCCAAGUUUAUUGUCCAGGUCCGGUUCGUCGGCUGACAUGCGCUCGCUGGAUAAGGUAUCAACCAACAACUCGGAGGGCGGGGUUCCUAAUACUCAGAGAAAGGGCAGAUUCAGAUCUUUAAGUUUGAUGGACCCUGCAUUGAGACAACCUUUCUUACAGGAUGGUACAAUCAAACACUCCGCGGCGGCCACAAACAACACAAUGCAUCAAACACAAAGUUUCACUAAUAUUUAUAUUCAUGACGGUGAUUUUAACGAUAAAGUUAAAAAUCAACAACUACAACAACAACACAGGAAAAAAUACUCAUUCAAUGGCGCAGGUGUGCCAACUAAUACAAAUAACGGAUUAAUACCACCGGAAUUCUACUCAAGAAUGUCGUCUCCAUCUACCAGUGCGAACAGCUCAGGGACAUCAUUAAACAAUAUCAACUCCCCACUAAUGUCAAGGACAAGCUCCAGUUCGCAGUUAAACUUGUUCUCAAAAAACCUGAUCAACAAAUCAUUUGAGGUGGUUAGGCAUAGCAACAAGAGCUCGAGCGAGAACAUCUUCAGCAAACUACUUGUGAACAAGAACAAUCAGAAAAACUCCAAUUUGGGCACAUAUGAUUGCCUGCAAUUUCACGGGAGUGACCACUCAAGCAGGUUGAGAACAUUGGAUUUCGAAGACAGGAUGCUGGGUAACGUCGUUGAAGAGGAGGAGGAACCAGAAACAGAGGUAGAGGAUGAUUUAAAGGAUAAGCAUAGCAGUAACGGCACAAUCACCGAUUUGAAGUUGCAACUCUACGACGAGUCUGGAGACGCCGCUAAUGGUAAAAUACCCUCGUCGCUGGAUUUGUACGGUGCCAAGAGCAGUGAGGAAGAACAGACCAAAUCUCAAGAGAAUGUACAAGUUAAGAAACUGCAAGAACUGGAUUUGUACGGAGACAAUGACGAGGAUAAUGGAACAACAUGGUUCUUUGGUGGGAAUAAAUAA